CUACCCUCUAUGCUUGUGACUGGUUUUAGUAGGUCCAAACUACUCAGAAUGAGAUUCUGACAACAUUGGUAAUUUCGGCUUUACCUUGAACUGAAGAUGCUUAUCCCUAAGGAGAACCGCAAGGCUAUUCAUCAAACUCUUUUCCAACAAGGUGUCUUGGUUGCCAAGAAGGACUUCAACCUUCCCAAGCACCCUGAAGUUGGUGUCCCCAACUUGCAAGUUAUCAAGGCUUGCCAAUCCUUGGACUCUCGUGGUUACCUCAAGACCCGCUACAACUGGGGCUACUUUUACUACACUUUGAACAACGAGGGUGUUGAAUACUUGCGUGAGUACUUGCAUCUUCCUGCUGAGGUUGUCCCUGCUACUCACAAGCGUCAAGUGCGCCCCGCUGCUCCUCGUGCUACUCGCCCUGAACCUCGUGAGCGUACAGCUGCUGACGUUGGUUACCGCCGUGCUGAAAAGAAGGACGAUGCUGCUGCUCCCGGUGGAUUUGCUCCCUCUUUCCGUGGUGGAUUUGGUCGUCCUCAAUAAAUAGUUCAAGACGACGAUUCAUCUUAAUUUUUUAGUCCCUUGUAUCGUUUAAAAAAACGUGAAAAGUAUUCUGUAAAUUACUAUUUUUCUCCUGUAAUGAAUGUGGAUAGAAUGAGUACUUGGGGCUAUUGUCAUUUAUGCAUGGACGGAAUAGGCUUUUUCCUGAAUCGAAUACACUAGCGGUUAUUCUAGGGGAGGCAUUAUGGAUAUUAGAGGAUUGUAAUUUUUGUUGAUUCAUAGUGUAUAAGUGAAAGGGGAUCAUUUCUGCCCUAACUUUGCCUAUCCG